ACUUCCACACCACUGAACUUAUAUUUCAAAUAUCCAGUCUCGAUGCUGCUCAACCUAAAUCAUAUCUAAACAAUAUAAUAAGAAUUUCAUUUAUUUUCCUAUUUUUUUUUUCCUACUAACACAACCAAAAUAUUGUGUGUCAACAUUGCAAUUAAAAUCCCACUUGCAAAGGUCCAGCUUAGGUGGAGAUCUUGCCGGCAAUUCUUUCUCUUUUUGCCCUCUCCUCCUCUCCUCCUCUUCUUCCUUCUUUCCUUUGUAAUAAUAAUAAAUAAAUAAAUUUAGAAAUCUACGCGUUGAUCCCAAAUUUCCCCUUUUCAAGAUCCAUUAACACCCUUUUUCAAUUCCUUUUAGAAUAAUCUCUCUCCUUCCCCCCAUUAAUUUUGCUUAUUUACUGAAGAAUUUUUCAAGAAAGAAAGAAAAACACAGUAUGGGUUUGUAUUUAAACCCAAAAUACACAUGGAUCUUGUUACUUCUCAUCAGUAUUCCAUUGAUUUAUGCUCAGGAUGCUGGAGAUAAAAUUGUUGAGGCAGGCGGAAGGUUUAAAGAUCUGGGUAGGCGGAGUAAAAUUAUAGUCGAGAAACUUAAGACUGGUGUUGUGAGGGGCGACGAUCCAGAUUCUUUUGAAGUUGGUCUCAACCUGGACUCUAAUCUUGGCACUCUCGAUGCCAUAUUUGCUAGUUUGUCGAUGAUCCUUGUCAGUGAGAUUGGUGAUGAGACGUUUAUCAUAGCAGCUUUGAUGGCAAUGCGUCACCCCAAAUCGAUCGUUUUAUCCGGUGCUCUCAGCGCCUUGUUUGUUAUGACUAUACUUUCUACCGGGCUUGGUAGGAUAGUGCCAAAUUUGAUAUCAAGGAAGCAUACAAAUAGUGCAGCAACAGUUCUUUAUCUCUUUUUUGGGCUUCGGUUGCUCUAUAUUGCAUGGAGAUCAUCAGAUUCAAAGGCUUCCCAGAAAAAGGAAAUAGAGGAAGUGGAAGAAAAGCUUGAAGCUGGACAAGGGAAAGCCGCUUUCAGGCGAUUCUUUUCUAGAUUCCUUACACCCAUAUUUUUGGAGGCCUUUAUCUUGACCUUUCUAGCAGAGUGGGGAGACCGUAGCCAGAUAGCAACAAUUGCUCUAGCUACGCACAAAAAUGCAAUCGGAGUUGCUGUCGGGGCAACAGUAGGACACACUAUAUGUACUUCAGUGGCAGUUGUAGGUGGAAGCAUACUCGCGUCCAAGAUCUCACAGCGAACAGUAGCUACAAUCGGAGGCCUGCUUUUCCUCGGGUUCUCCUUGUCAUCGUAUUUCUACCCACCUCUAUGAUUUUGACUUCAUACGAUCUUUAAUUCUUAAGGAAUCGCGCUGCUCCAUCUUAUUUGGUUAUUUUUUCGUGUAAAUGCAAGCAUAUUGAAGAUGUUCUUAACAUGUAUCAGAAACAACGCUGGAAAUUUGGAAGUUGUCUGCUUUUA